AUGAAAGUGACUUUGAGCAUUCUGAGCAUUAUAAUAUUGCUUAGCACGGCAUUGGCAAAAUGUCCCAGCAAAUUUACGCAAAUUGGAAAUAAAUGUUAUUAUGUUUUCAAUCGAGAGACGGAUUGGUUAAGAGCGGAACGAAAGUGUCGGCAGCUUAAUGCACAUCUCGUUGUGUUCGAGGACCAACAGGAAGUGGAAUUAUUGACAAGCUAUCUGAAUGACAAGAAUUUAACUAGCACGCAGUUGCUGUGGCAUGAAUCCCUGUGGAUGGGUAUAACCGACUUGGAUAAGACCCGCAAUUUUAUUGUCGAGCACACAAAUCAGCCUAUGUCUUACACUAUGUGGGGCCCCGGAGAGCCAAACUAUUCGAUUCAACAAUGUGUUGUAGCGGCUAAGGCCACACCAGCUGACAAGCUUUUGUAUCAUACCUUUCGCUGCGAGGAACAUGCAAAUGUUGUGUGCGAGCAUCCAAUACUGGGCAGCAGAGAUCGCUUGAAAGAGGUGCCGAUUUCCCUCAAAUUGUCAGAACUGCCCUAUUAUUGUGCUGCUAUUCAACGUUCUUGUGGUAAAAACUUUCAAAAGUUGGACGCGCUGUAG